AUGUCUAAACGCGGCCCUUCAGUUUUGGUGACAGACGCGCGCGACCGACCGUCAGCACGCGGCAGCGCAAGCCGCGGAGCCCCUGCGAGGGCAGGGCAGGGCGGUGCCGGGCGAGACAAGAUGCCCAUGCGCUUCGUCUCGGUCGACAACGUACUGCAAUACGCCUCCGAAAUUCCAUCCGGCCAACCGCGUGUGCCACCACCGGGUCAGCAAGGUGCCCACCUCCACCAUGCGCGACCCGGGGGUGGCCCGUCGACGCGACGGAACAGCCACGGAGGUCUCCCCACGCUAGCCAGCAUACGAACUGGCCUUCAGAACGUGCCAAGCCGCACGACCAAGAUCAGCGAAAAGCUAGUCCUGCUGCCCGAGAUGGAGAAGGGCGAUGAGGACGAGGACGAGGAGGAUGCCGACGGGGAAUCACUGCCGCCUCCAGUGCUGCGGCAGGACAGCUCCGAAGACAGGCCACUGCGUGACGAGGAGCUCGACGUUUUGCGCAAGAGGGGUGGAAUCAGAGGCAAAAGCUUCGCUGAGAGGCUACCCAAGGUCCAGCGGGGAGAUCGCGUGUCGAGGCUCACGGCAUAUUGCACCGCCCAGGCGGUCAAGAUGAAACCAACGGCGGAUUUCCUGCGGACCAAACUCGGUGCCAAGACCAAGCUAUAUGACGACUGUCUCUAUACCGUCUUCCAUCUGCCCUUGCUUCCCGGAACCGAUGGGUACCGGGUCCGGAGCCGACCGGUACUGAAAACUCCAGGCACGGGUAAGACGGUGCUGGAUAUUGAAAUCGAGCGGAGCGAGAGGCGGGACGAACAUAUGGGCUACUUUUACGAGUAUCCGACGACGGAGGAAGGCAUUGAUGUCUCCGCGCCGGUAAACGGGAGCCACGACAUGGCCAUGAAUGGUCCAAGCCCAGUGGACAGGCUGGUGGCCGAAGCCAAAUCUUUUGCAGAGAUGUUUGUCUUUUCGUACGGUGUUGUUGUGUUCUGGAACUUCACCGAGAACCAGGAAAAGGAUAUCCUGGCCGACAUGACAUUUUCGGAGAAUGAGGAAGGUUUGUCUCUACAAACCCGACCACUGGACCAAGAGGACUACGAGACGGAGGAGUUUCACUUUGAUUACAGCGCCGAUGUAAAGAGGCCGCGGGUGUUCAACGACAUGAUCACGUUGUUGCCAAGGAGCGAUCACAUGGUCAAGCUGACUAUCAGCCACGCCAUUGCUCAAAGCACCAAGCUGUGCUACUUUGAGGAGAAGAUGGGGGAAACGAUGCUGGAUGCCCAACACGUGCCCAAGCAACUGGCUUUGACGGGAGAACUCGCCAUGACGAGGACUGAAAUCGUAAAGAUACUCGGAAGAUUGUUUAAAAGCCGUGUUGACAUCAACCUUUCAUCCAACAUACUUGACGUACCGAACUUCUUCUGGGACUCGGAGCCGACGUUGCACCCUCUGUAUGUUGCAAUCCGGGACUACCUCGAGAUAGAUCAGCGCAUCAAGGUUCUCAAUGAGCGAUGUCGGGUGUUUCUUGAUCUGGCCGAAAUAUUGUCAGACUCGGUAGCAGAUGCAAAGAUGAGCUCCAUCACCUGGAUCAUCAUUAUCCUCAUUGUGGUCAGCAUUCUGGUUACAGUAACCGAGGUGACACUGAGGUUUGGAAUAUUAGAGAAGGAGAGAGGGAAAAAGGGGGUUGGUGAUGAAGGUGGGCAGCCGGAGCUGAAGAGUGAUUUGUUGAGUCGGCUGAGGGAUGCGAAUAUCUCUUUAGAUGAACUGCGGAUCUGGGGUCAGGGGCUGAGUGAACCCGAAAAGGGUGCAGUAUGUGGCUCAACGUACGUGGGCAGGACAUUUGCGGGUGCUUGA